AUGUCGACUUCGGAUGAAUCCCCUGGUGAAUAUCUGCUGAUUCGGAACGCUGCUGAAAAAGAAAGACUAGAAUUGCAAUUCAAAUCUUGGCAGGCCAGUAUUGGUUAUCUGUUACAUCCUUCCAUUACACAGCAUGAUCGCAUGCGCAUCGCAGAUGUCGGGACAGGCACCGGAAUAUGGUUACGUGAAGUUGCAAAGAUCCUCCCGAGUUCCUGUCAACUUGACGGAUUUGACAUUUCCGACGCCCUGCUUCACGAUAAAUCGAAUUUGCCACAGAACAUCACUUUCUACCUUCAGAAUUUCCUCCAGCCCUUCCCAGAGCAGUUCAUUGGGAAAUAUGACGUUAUCAAUGUUCGAGUGAUGGUAGUCGCCCUAUCUUCUGACGAGUGGGAACCCGCUGUCCGGAAUUUGAUGACUCUACUGCGUCCUGGUGGUUAUCUACAAUGGGUCGAUUGUGCAGCCCAUAAGUGUAUUGUGAAAGCACCAGAAGGAGCUAAUCCCGUCAACGCCAACCGUGGCAUCGAGUUGUUCCGGAAGACUAUGAAUGCUUUGGGCAAGACACCAAAUAUUGCUGCCUUGUACGGCAUUUUCCAGAAAAGUGGACUCGAUUCUUGUGAAGAGCAGAUCAUUACUCUCGAGAAUCCCGAGGUUCGAGAUAACCUUAACCUUUCCGUUGCAAUUGCAAUCGCGCAUGCUCUCACAGCCGCUUUCAAAUUACACAAGCUGGAGGAUAUCCAGUCUGAAGAUGAGAUCGCGAAGCUGAAAGAAGGCAUGCUGGAAGACCUUCGGACUACUCAGUGCUACUUUUGCUUUGAUGUUCAUGUUGUGGUUGGGCAGAAAUCUUGA